UCAGAUUGAGGCUUUCAAAUUCCUAUGUCCGAUGUUGCCAGGAACAACAACAGAGCCAAGUUAGAAACUUGCAUGUGGACACUUGUGUUGUUGUGUUAAUUUCCCAAGAUGGAGAGAGAUGGUGAAGAAAGAUUCUGCUUCAUUGCAGAGUGGUAUGAUCCACAUGCAGCCUUCAUCAGGAGAUACCAGUUUAUGUAUUAUGUUAAAGAUGGCACAGUGGAAAUGUUUGACAUAAAGAACCACAGAAUGUUUCUGAAGAAAACUCGCAUAGAAAGCAUUCAUCCAGAAGACUUAUACAUAGGAAACACUGUGAAUGUUCUAUCCAGACAGAUGAACUUUGUUGAUUAUGGGGAUGAUUUCACCAGAUCACGUCUUUCACAUAAGAAAGAAAGAACUCUUGGAAUGAUUAAGCCAGAUGCAGUUUCAAAAAUGGGACAAAUUUUAGAUGUUAUUUAUCAGAAAGGUUUUUUGAUCACUAAAUUAAAAAUGUGCCAGCUGAACAGAAAUGAGGCCUUCCAGUUUUAUCAGGAACACCAGGGAAAACCUUUCCUAGAUGCCCUCCUUAAUUUUGUGACAAGUGGACCAGUCAUUGCCUUUGAGCUGAUGGGGGAGGGCUGUAUAUCAGCAUGGAGGGAUGCCUUGGGCCCCACAGACUCUGCCUUAGCUCGCUCAGAAGCUCCACAGUCAAUUAGGGCCAGGUUUGGCAAAGAUAAGACACAGAAUGCCUGUCAUGGCUCUGAUAGUCAUGCUUCUGCAGCCAGAGAGCUGGAAUUCUUUUUCCCCAGCAAUGGCCCUUCUCGACAGAACACUGCCAAAUUCACAGACUGUACAUGUAGUGUCAUCAAGCCUCAUGCUGUGAAAUCAGGUUUGGCAGGAAAGAUAAUAAGCAGCAUCAUGGAGGCAGGAUUUGAAAUCUCCAUGCUUGAAAUGUUUCACAUGGAGAAGGCUAAUGCUGAGGAAUUUUAUGAGGUUUACAAGGGAGUAGUUCAGGAAUAUGGAGCAAUGGUGGCUGAAUUGACAUCCGGACCAUGUAUGGCCAUGGAAAUCCGGGCCCAGAAUGCACCACAGGCUUUCAGGGAGAUGGUGGGACCUUCUGACCCUGAGAUUGCUCGUCAUCUUCGACCCCGUACUCUGAGAGCUUUAUUUGGAGUCGACAAAGUCCGCAACGCAGUCCAUUGCACAGAUUUGCCGGAGGAUGGAUUAUUAGAGGUUGAAUAUUUCUUCAAGAUUCUUGGACGAUGAAAAGUUCUAAGCUUCUUUCAAUGUUUAGUGUAUUAAUUCAUAACAAGACAGUGGAAGGACCAUAUUUUUGUGCUAUUGACAGAGAUGAGAAGUUUAUCAACACUGUGAUAAUUCUAUAGCAAUGUGACUGUUCUCAUUUCAUUUUUAAAGAAUACUUAUGUACUUUAAUAUAAUUCUUACUCAAG